UUGGCGCUUCUUCCACUCAUCAUCUCUCGUCGUCAUUUAGUUAUGACGUCUCUUCCGAUUAUCCUCUCAGCCUCUUCUCCUCCUCUGCGAAACUUAUGCAAACCUUCCUCUUCUCGAAUCCCAGAUUCCGACCAAUCUCCCAUAACUCCACUCAAACUCUCGCCUUCAUUACAGCUUCUAUCCAAAACCCAUCUCUCUCUCGCCGUUUCACAGAUCAUCUCAACUUCCCCUGUUCUCGCGUCAGAAUCCUUCACCUCAAUCACAGAUCCUUCAUCUACUGGGAAAAUCGAUUUGGAGUCAGUUUUGAUUUCGAUCGAUAAUUUCUUCAACAAGUACCCGUUUUUCGUGGCGGGAUGUACAUUCAUCUACCUCGUGGUUGUGCCUGUGGUUAUCUUCUACCUGAGGAAGUAUAAACCAAUAUCCGCCAUGAAUGCGUUUCGAAAGCUCAAGAGCCAACCCGAUUCGCAGCUUUUGGAUAUCAGAGAUGAGAAGACUUUGGCUUCGUUGGCAUCGCCGAAUCUCAAGUUUCUUGGUAAGAGCUCGAUUCAGGUUCCGUAUAGUGAAGAAGACGAGUCGGGUUUCUUGAAGAGAGUCAAAGGAAGCUUCUCUGAUCCGGAGAAUACAGUUGUUUGUGUUCUUGACAAAGAAUGGCUUCAAAGAGGCUUAUUACAUCAAAGGCGGCGCAAGAGGGAAGAAUGGUUGGUUGGCCAUUCAAGAGGAGCUUUUGCCUCCACCUGUGCAUAUGUAUACAUCAAAAAACACUAAAGCUCCAAGCAAGAACGAGGAGCCGUCCGUUGUUGGAACUGAAAACUGAUUCAAGACCAUAGCCUAAUGGUAAUGCACAUUCACAUUCAUCAUGCUACAACAGAAAGUUUCCUUUUUCUCUCUCUUCCAAUUAGGUUGUCUCAACUUUGUAGUGGCAAGGCAUAUGAUACUACCAGACCUUAUGCGAAACGUUCUCUAGGUGAAAGAUUUGUUAUCUAUUGAAUGACCUGUUUAGAUCUCAAGACCAGUCUUAGCUCUGUAAAAGCUAACAUUUUCAAGAUCCAGCUGCAUUGCUCCUUUUCUACAGUCAUUUCAAUGAAAUGAGACUUGUUAUUAUUAUGAAAUUCUUGUGUUUUCCAACUGUUAUAUUGCAUUGUAUGACAAGCUUCCAACAAUAAAAAAGAAAAAAGCUCGUGUAAGCCCUAAAAUGCUUCCUGAGAUUCUUUAAAA